AUCUGUGAUGGUGGAGACACUCGCACGAUUCGAGAAGGACGUGAAACGAACCGACACCGGGUUCCUGGCAAUAGCGACAGAGGUGAAAGACGGCAAGGAGAAGAUCUCGGAACCUCCAGGAAAAAUCAAGGAAUUGCUGAAGGAGUUCCAAGACAUUCUUCCUGACGACCUACCGAACGAGCUACCGCCAUACCGCACACAUCAACAUGAGAUCGUGGAGGAACCAGGUUCGAAACCGACCUUCCGAGCACCAUAUCGGCUCAGUCCUACGGAGCUGACCGACAUGAAGAAACAAAUCGAGUAUCUCUUGGCCAAAGGACUCAUCCGACCAUCUACUUCACCAUACGGUGCCCCAGUACUCUUCACCCCGAAACCGGACGGAAGCCUGCGCAUGUGUAUCGACUACCGAGCUCUUAACAAGCAGACUAUCAAGAACAAGUAUCCGAUACCACGAAUCGAUGACCUGCUUGACCAGCUUCGGGGAGCUACGGUAUUUUCCAAAUUGGAUCUGCGGUCCGGAUACUGGCAAAUACGGAUGGCGGACAACUCUAUCCACAAAACUGCUUUCCGAACUCGGUACGGAUCGUACGAGUAUCUGGUAAUGCCGUUCGGACUCACCAACGCACCGGCAACUUUCCAAGCCGAAAUGAACCACAUUCUACGACCACUUCUGGACGAGUGCGUGGUGGUAUACCUGGACGACAUACUCAUCUACUCGCGCGACAUGAAGCAGCACGUCGAACACCUGCGACGCGUCUUCGAGAUUCUUCGACGAGAACGAUUCUACGUCAAGCUGUCCAAGAGCGAAUUCGCCCUUGAAAAGGUCCAGUUUCUAGGACACAUGGUGAGCGCUCAAGGAGUUCACGUCGACCCCAAGAAGAUCGAAGCCGUACGUACGUGGAAGACACCCGAGAACGUGAAGGAGUUGCAGCAGUUCCUAGGCUUCGCUAAUUACUACAACAGGUUCGUGCCACAGUAUGCGAGAAUCGCGGCACCACUCACGAAUCUGCUGAAGAAGAACACGCCCUACAAUUGGGAGACGAAGCACCAGGAAGCCGUGGAGCAGCUGAAGCAAGCACUUACGUCCGCACCAGUACUCAUCUUGCCAGAUCCCGAACGUGACUACGUCAUUGAAGCAGACGCCAGUGAUCAGGCCGUGGGGGCAGUCUUGAUGCAAGACCAGGGGAAUGGACUGCAACCAAUUGCCUACCUCAGCAAGAAACUGCACGGGGCAGAACUAAACUACCCGAUACACGACAAAGAGGCUCUUGCUAUCAUCAUCGCCUUCAAAGCGUGGAGAUGCUAUCUCGAAGGACGAAAAACGACCGUCUACACCGACCACUGCAGCCUGAAAUACUUGAAGACACAACCCAACCUUUCCAGGCGGCAGGUCCGGUGGAUCGACUUCCUCGAGACGCACUUCCACUACGACAUCGUGUACAAGCCCGGCCACAAGAACAAAGCAGACGCCCUCAGCCGGCCUGCACACGUUGCCGCUAUUCAGGAGAGGGAAGGAGAGUAUGCGGCAGGGACAACAGGCAGCAGCAUGUAUGGUGGCGUGAGUGGUAGUGCGAGUGCAGCUGCGAGCGGCAUGUGUGAGGAGGAUGAGGCAGGUGCUGUGAGGAGCGGAGGCGCACAUGUGGCCUUGGCUUCUGCUGCUUCUCUCCCAGAGGCUGCUGCUGCUGCCACUCCGCCUGCUGCUUCUCCUGCUGCUCCUGCUUCUGCUCCCGUUGCUGCUCCCGUUGCUGCUCCUGUUCCUGCUGCUACAGCAUUCCAGAAGCAGAGAAGGGCAUUCUAGGGCGGGGCCACGGGCCCCCUCUGCCCCUUCCACUGCCUCUUCCCCUGCCCCUUCCGGCCACGGGCCCACUGCAAUGAUCAACUACUCCGGUCCCCUGCCUCUGUGGCUACCGCCUGAUGAUGAAAGCAGUAACCUAGAACAUGCUGCCGCUGAUGGCUCCCACAUGC